AUGCUUCGAUCUAAUUUUCACCUUCUCGAUCUACCUAAUGAAAUUUUGCUUAUUAUUUUGAAAAAACUUGAUAAUAUUGAUGUGCUUUAUUCAUUAUCGGGUAUUAAUAAUGAAAGACUUGACAUUUUGGCGCAACAGAAGAUUUUUACAAACAUUCUGAAUUUUGUACCUGCAUUAACUGAUGAUGUUUAUUCAAUUCCUGCUUCAAUACUUGAUCGUUUUUGCUUCGAUAUAUUGCCAAGAGUUCAUUAUAAUGUCAAAUGUCUCAUACUUGACUCAGUACAUAUGACACGAAUUCUUCUCGCUGCUGAUUAUCCUUGUCUCGGUCAACUAAAACUCUUCAAUUUUAGCCAAGAUAUUGCCUUAAGCUAUUUUACAGAUCAAUCAUCUUUUCAACAUAUUUUUCGACAGCAAAUUACAGAUCUUAGUCUUAUAUGUAAUGAAGAUACUAGCAAAACAUCAGUGAAAAGUUACGCUAAAAAUAUCUAUAGACAUAUUUUGACUUUAUUCAAAAAUUUAACGCAUUUGAGUAUUAUUAAAUUGGCAGGAGGUCAAUAUGAAUGUCAACCUUUGUCACUUUCUAACUUGUCAUUAUCUAGUUUUUCUUCUUCAACUCUUACUAAUUUAUCUAUCAGUCUGAAUUCAAUAGAAGAUUGUCUUUCUCUGCUUGAUGGUCGUCUCAAACAAUUAUCAACAUUAAUUAUUAUCGUUUAUGGAACUCAGAAUCAUUCAAUGCUUGA